CACCUCUGGCGAGGAUCACCUGCAGGGAGGGUUCCCAAGCGAGCCACCUCGAUGCGGGUCUGCCGCAGCGGCACGAGAAGGUGGCCAUCAAGGUGUCCUUUCCCUCCUCCGAGAAUGUCCUGGACGCCACCCAUCAGCCCCGCCUCCUUCACCCCAUUUUGCGGUCAUCAGCAGCGCCAACGGACGAAGGGCCUCCUUCAAGACCAGCCUCUUUGACAUAGGCGAGACCACCUUCAAUCUGGAUGCAGCUGCUCCGUCUGGCGACUUGGAGACAGGACUGUCCACCACCUCGCUUUCGCCAAAAAGCGUGCCGGCAAGCGGAGCGCCAAGUUCCAGGUGAAGCGAUUCCGCAUGGAACCAAGGCGGCCAAGACACUGGCCAUCAUCGUGGGCGGCUUCAUCGUCUGCUGGCUGCCCUUCUUCACCAUGUAUCUGAUACGGGCCUUCUGCGAGAACUGCAUCCAGCCCACGGUCUUCUCGGUGCUCUUCUGGCUGGGCUACUGCAACUCGGCCAUCAAUCCGAUGAUCUAUGCCCUGUUCUCCAACGAGUUUCGGAUCGCCUUCAAGCGGAUAGUGUGCCGAUGCGUUUGCACCAGGAGUGGCUUCCGGGCCUCGGAGAAUUUCCAGAUGAUAGCAGCCCGGGCACUGAUGGCCCCAGCCACAUUCCACAAGACCAUAUCCGGCUGUUCGGAUGAGGCGAUGGAGUGGAUUUUAGCUGACUAAUCGGCAGCUACGAGCAGAGUCCUCUGCAGCGCAGCUCAUCGCUGCCACAGGAGGCGGAGUGCUCGACCUCGGGAUCGGGACGAAGGAUCCGUCGUGGAGGAUUCUGCAAGGGACGCGUCCUCUAAAAAAACGGGGAGGGGGUUCGAUACAAUGCAUUUCGCUUUUUUGAUACUUUUGUAAGCACCGCCAGACGCCGACGUAUCCCACUUCUCAAAACUGUCAGUAUUCGCAUUGAACGACGUUGUAACUGUAUGGCAAUAAUUUUCAUGUAUUUACCUAGACCUAAGGCUAUGUUAAACUAUAUAUAUAUAUAUAUAAUUACUAUACAUUACUAUACUUACCAUAUGAGAUACAGAUACGGAUCACCAUGAGAUACACCUGUUAGACGUAAGCAGCCCAUUGUUUUCAGUUACGUUGUUUGUGUACAUGUGUUAGGCGCUGAGGAAAAACUCACACGCAUUAGUUAAUCCAGAUAUAUAUUGAAUGUAUAUGUAUGUGUGUAUCGGCAGCUGUGUAAGUCGGCUGCAUUUUCAAUAAAAGUAAAAAACGAACAUAAUGAAAAGCGAAAUCCAAUCAGAGUAAGAACAAAAGAUAAAAACAAGUGCCGACCCAGAAGACAGAAAUUGGCAAAUACCACCGGGUAACUAACACAGGUAUAUUGACAGGAGGUCAACAUUCCGUGACAUUAAACAAGCACCACAAACGUUGUUCACUAAGGCGACGAUUUUACACCCUCUCGAUAGGUAUAGGGAAAAGAAAGUUUUUAUAAAUUUAAAUUUUUAGAUGGUAUAUACUUUUUAUUGAUUUGAACUAUAUGUAAAAAUACUCUUUAUUAUUAUACCCUUGCAGGGAAUUUAAAGACCUUUUCUCUCCCUAUCGCUACAAAAUAAAUUUAUUUAUCUAGA